GAGGCACUACGCAAAACUCCAAGCCAUGACGUCACGCUCGUACCGAGCGACGAAUCCUCCACACUCCCAUAUACACAUGCAACAGAGACACACAGUCACACGCCGACACCCUCACGCCCACACACACAGCAGCAGCCCAGCUACAACUACAAGCUACUCCACCACCUCCACACGAAGUGGGACUGUGGGAGGCGCGAGUGACGUGAGGCGAGCCGCUCCUGCUGCAGCCAUGGAGCCCGCGGAGAACGACACGUCCUCGCCGCCUGAGUAUGGCGCAGGCAAGGCCGCGGCGACGGUACCGGCGAGGAGCUACUGGCGGUGGCGCAGGGACGACUUCUUCCCGGAGCCGUCGUUCGCGAGCUGGGGCGCGUACCGGCGGGCGCUGCGCGAGACGCCGGCCCGCCUCCGCGACCGCCUCGCGGGGCGGUCCACCGACGCCGCGGAGCUGGGCGCGCUGCGCCGGCGCAGCGAGCACGAGAUGCGGCGGUGCCUGACGUGGUGGGACCUGACCUGGUUCGGCUUCGGGUCCGUCAUCGGCGCCGGCAUCUUCGUGCUGACGGGGCAGGAGGCGCGCGACCACGCGGGCCCAGCCAUCGUGCUCUCCUACGUCGCCUCGGGCCUCUCCGCCAUGCUGUCCGUCUUCUGCUACACCGAGUUCGCCGUGGAGAUCCCCGUGGCCGGCGGCUCCUUCGCGUACCUGCGCGUCGAGCUCGGCGACGCCGCGGCCUUCGUCGCCGCCGCCAACCUCAUCCUCGAGAGCGUCAUCGGCACGGCGGCCGUGGCGCGGUCCUGGACCUCGUACCUGGCGUCGCUCGUCAACAGGCCCGCCAGCGCGCUGCGGAUCCACGCGCCGGGGCUCGCGGGCGGGUACGACGAGCUGGACCCCAUCGCGGUGCUCGUCAUCGCCGUCACCGCCACGCUGGCCAUGCUCACCGCCAAGGGCACCUCGCGCGUCAACUGGGUGGCGUCCGCCGUGCACGUGCUCGUCAUCGCCUUCGUCAUCGUGGCCGGGUUCGCGCACGCCGACGCGGCCAACCUGAGACCCUUCAUGCCGCAAGGCGUGCCGGGCGUGUUCCGGGCGGCCGCCAUCGUGUACUUCGCCUACGGCGGGUUCGACAACAUCGCCACCAUGGCGGAGGAGACCAGGAACCCGUCGCGGGACAUCCCGCUGGGCCUGCUGGGUUCCAUGACCGCCAUCACGGCCAUCUACUGCGUGAUGGCGCUGGUGCUGAGCAUGAUGCAGCCGUACACGGCCAUCGACCGCAGCGCCGCCUACUCGGUGGCGUUCGCCAGCGUGGGGAUGCGGUGGGCGCAGUACGUGGUGGCGCUGGGCGCGCUCAAGGGGAUGACCACGGUGCUGCUGGUGGGCGCGCUGGGGCAGGCGCGCUACACCACGCACAUCGCGCGCAGCCACAUCAUCCCGCCCGUGUUCGCGCUCGUGCACCCCAGGACCGGCACCCCCGUGCACGCCACCGCGCUCAUCGCCGUCUGCAGCGCCUGCAUCGCGCUCUUCUCCAGCCUCGACGUCCUCGCCAGCCUGCUCUCCGUCAGCACGCUCUUCAUCUUCAUGAUGAUGGCCACGGCGCUCCUCGUCCGGCGCUACUACGUGCGGGGCGUGACGAGCCGGACGCACGCGCUGCGGCUCACGGCGCUGCUGCUGCUCAUCAUCGCCUCGUCCAUCGGCAUCGCCGCGUGCUGGGGCACGUCGCCGGAGCGGUGGCAGGGCUACGUGGUGCUGGUGCCGGCGUGGGCGGCCGGCACGCUGGGCAUCCAGCUGCUGGUGCCCGCGGCGCGGGCGCCCAAGGUGUGGGGCGUGCCGCUCGUGCCGUGGCUGCCCUCGCUGUCCAUCGCCACCAACCUCUUCCUCAUGGGCUCGCUCGGCAAGGACGCCUUCAUCCGCUUCGGCGUCUGCACCGCCGUCAUGCUCGUCUACUACGUCCUCGUCGGCCUCCACGCCACCUACGACGUCGCGCACGGGGCGUGCGGUUGGGAGGAAGAAGACGACGGGGACGCGGCCGCCGCCGAUGAAGACAAGAAGGUUGUUGCCGCGGCAGACGUGGAGAAGGCUGAUGCGGCAGGCGGUACCCGUUAAUUAUUAGCCCAUCCAUCGGCGUCGGCGGCCUUGAAUGUCCCAUGCCGCGCGGCUGCUGACAAUUGCGGUUGGAGACGAGAGUCUUCGCCGCUGUACGUGUUCAUAUACGAACGUACACCUAUUCCACACACACACGCACGUCUCACUCAUACCACACACACAAACAGCUCUACAGCUCCACAUUGUUAGGAAAUAGAAUCAUGAAAUGUAUUCUGUUAGGGUAAUCCCUACAAUCUCGGGCGGCCAUUGUGCCGCCUCAUUGUAAUCCUCUCUGUAUAUAAAUACGUGGCUGUCCCUAUGCGUGGUAUGGCCUUCCAUCAUUGUUAA